AUGGGACUUUUCAACUACUUCAAACCAUCCAAAUCUCACGACGAAGAGUUGAAAGAAAAGGGUUUCGAGAUUGCUGAGUGUUCAAUGAAUUGUGCCUCAUGUACAUCCAAAUUCCCAUCCAGUGUCUCUUUCAAUGAUGACGACAAUGGCUCUUUAUGGGGCUCCACUAAACCUUAUGGUCUUCACAUUGUUAUUCCUACAAACCAGGCAGACUGGCCCCACAACGCUCUCGAUGUUAGUGGCUCCCUUCAAAAGGCUGUUGACUCAUGGUCAUCAUCGGCUAAAUUUCCAGGCCUAGGUGAAUCCACCACCAUUAAGGUUAACGUUAGUUCCCUUUCAUCUGCGGGAUUGGAAUCUAACGAAAAGUACAUGAGCUUUGAGGUGGGAGAUAUGUUGUUACUUCCAUUCUUCGUUUGGAUUAAAGGUGUGAAAGUGAAUGACGCUGGAAAGGUGCUCGACCGAGUUGUUCCAGAUUUGAUUGCAUCCAGAGAUAGAGGUGAUGAAACUUUCAGUAUAAAUUCUUACCCAGAAUUUCCAGGUGUGACGUUAGAAGUGGAUCCACAAAGAGCAUAUAUUUUCUUGUGCUCACACAGAACUAGAGAUAAGAGGUGUGGCAUUACAGCUCCAAUCAUGAGAAAGGAGAUGGAGAUUCAUCUUAGAGAAGUAGGAUUGUACAGAGAUGCUUCAGAUCAUAGAACUGGUGGAGUUCGUGUUGGAUUUAUCAACCAUAUUGGAGGACAUAAGUAUGCCGCCAACGUGAUUAUUUAUUUGAGGAAAUCAGGUAAGAACAUCUGGUUAGCAAGAUGUAAGCCUGAUAAUGUUGUUCCUAUUAUAGAUGAAUGUAUCCUUGAGGACGGAAAGGUUUGGCCAGAGAAGGUGAGACAAGUACAGAAGUUUAAACCGAUUGAAUGGUGA